GCAGAGUCAUGUUUCUGAAGACGCAUAAAACAGGAGGCAGCACUGUUACCAACAUACUUAACAGAUAUGGAARCAAGAAUAAGUUGAUAUUUGCUUUGCCAAAACAAGAAAUAACUUUUGACUGGCCAAGACGUUUGAAAACUGAUCAAAUGGCCGUGACWUGGGCAAAUCCACACAUUUUAUGUAAUCAUGCCAGAUACAAUAAACGUAUUCUUCGCCAUCUCUUUCCAAAAGACGAAAGUAUCUACAUUACUAUUCUACGUGAACCUUUUAGUCACUACGAAUCUGUAUUUAACUACUUUGAACUGUGGAAAGGGCUUGGCAUUAAGGGUAAAAACAGUAUAGAAAUUAUGGAAAAAUACYUGCAAAUGAAUUUUAAGAAUGUUAAAGAUGCUAAACUUCACCUCAAAGAUAGAUCUCGCUUACUAAGGAAUCCAAUGUUGUAUGAUUUGGGUUUGGAUUUCCGCUUUUACCAAGACGAAACGGCCGUAAGAAAGUACAUUAAAUUUCUGGAAAGAGAGUUUGAACUUGUCAUGAUGAUGGAAUAUUUUGACGAAUCUGUCGUUCUUCUGAAGAGAAUGAUGUGUUGGGAUAUUGAUGACAUUGUCUUCAUCAAACACAAUGAACGUCAGAAAAAAGAUAAGAAAAGACUCUCGCCAUUGCUUCAUGCAAAUAUUAARCGCUGGAACCAAGCAGACUUCAUUCUUUAUAAUCACUUUAACAAAACAUUUUGGAAAAAAAUCGAAGCAGARGGUCCAGACUUCUACAAGGAUCUUAGCAGCCUCCGUAGGCGGAACCAAGAAGUGUUCGAGAUGUGUGUAGGUUCAAAACCAAUUAUCACUGAAAUAUAYCGUGGAAAAUUUGUCCAAGGACAUGGUUUGAAGAAAGACAUCCCACACGACAAAAAAGACUUUUGUACUAAUCUUGUCAAGAGUGAAUUAGAAUUUCACAAAGAAAACAUGCAAGCUCAUAGACAAAGACAAAGUCAGAUAAAUGAUCAAGGAGUGUUCGCRAACGAACUAAUUGAAGAAAACAGCUGGGAUAAAGCUAAAGACUUGACUUUUAAGCCGAUAAUAAAACUAUAAUGGGACAUUCUUACGGUUUAAUAAUGAAAGAGCAAAGAAUGGCCCGAAAAAAGUCAUYAAAGUUAUCUUUUUUCUGUGAUCUUCAACAACCCACGUGACGUAUUUCACAAAUAGCAAUCCAGACAAUACAUAAGAACGUACGCAAGUGUACGAGAGAAUGUACGUAAGAUUACGUGAGGACGUACGUAAGUGUUGAAGAGAACAUACGUAAGAACGCAUGUAAGAGUACGUAAGGAGGUACGUAGGAGUACGUAAGGACGUACUAAAUGUACGUAAGGAUUUAUGUAAGAGUACGUAAAAAYGUUUAGACAGCAAUUUCAAGAAACGUUGCACGGACACCUUAUGUCACGAACACUCUUAUAUUACGGACGCUGAUCGCAUUCUAGUAUGGAUUCCAGCAAGCAUACUAUCAAAACUACUGUUUUAUACCUAUCCAAACCAUUUCAACACUUUAUUAUGACCAUUAUGACUUAUAUGUAUACAUGGUUUUUGUUUUUAUUGUUCUCCUAUCAAAAUUUAAUUAUAAAAUACAUUGCGCCUACCUCUAUUAUAAUAUUAGACACUAUGCAUUGCUCUAUUUCUCACUAAUGCCUAAAAAGAAUGCAUAAAACAAACUAAAAAAAAAGAAAAGAAAA